UUAAUGGGUCUGAACCGCAAACUUGAACUUGAGCUUGUAAAGCGCAAACCGGCCCAGAUCGAUGGCAAUUGAGAACGGCGAACAGAAGAAGGAACUCGAACGGGUCGUGGAAACUGGCGAAGAAUUUCGAAUAUGCCAAUCAUAGCGCGGCCUUCAUAAUUGCAGCUGGUGUGAUGGUCAGUGAGCGAACUUUGCAUGUUUUUUCCGUAAUUUACGUUGUUUUGGUUUUUUCGCAAUUCAGUUACUCUGCGGCUGUAGAACUGAGUAAUUCAGCGACAUCUGGAUUAGUUGCUAAGCACGCUGAAACCCUUCAAGCUUCCAUGAGGAAAAGCACUGAAAAAAACAGCAUGAUGAGCAGAAUCCUCCCAAUGCUCAUUGUGCCCUUUCUCAUAUCGUCAGCGAUCAUCCCUAUAAUGUUAGCGGCCAUAAAGGUUCUUCUGGUGAAAGGCUUCAUCACUGGAACAAUCGCAGUGGUGCUAAUGUUGCUUAAUUUCAUCCGAAGGAGGGCUGAAGGAGGCGGAGUUUUUGACCAUUACGCUCCUAAUGUAGCCGAGGAACAUUAUGGAUAUCAAGGGGUUGAUGAACCGGGGGUGUACGUACAUAGGCGAAGGAAAAGGAGAUUUGCUAACAUUUUUGCAAUCAGUAGUUAAAUAAACGUUGGCGUUUGAGUUGUAAA